AUGGCCAGAAUUCACUGCUUUCUGGAGAGAUGCAACCAAACUGCUCGCAACCUACAGCUGUCAGGUUUCAAUCCAAAUCGCCGAGACGAUCGGUUGCUGGAUGCAGAGGUGACCGCGCGGCGGCAUCCACGGCCGCAGAAACCCGCGGAAGAUGAUGAUUCUGACAGUGAGGAGCUCAUCAACACUGAGCCAGAGUUCGUCCUCAGCAUGGAGAGCGACUCCCGCGUGGACUGGCUACAGAUGGCUCUCUUGCAAGCGGCCGAAGGAAAGCUGAAGGCUGCUGCGCUUUACGAGGUCAUGAAACAUAAGACUUUUGUGCCCAGCGAGCUCGCUCACCGGAGUAAGCUGAAGGCCAUGUUGACUGCCAACCUGCACCUCUUCAGUGCCAAGCACAAAAAGGUCCUGGAAGAAGCCGCGAACAGCUGGGGCUCUGAGGGCUCAAAGGGCAACAAGGCACGACGUGCAAGCAGCAGCGAUAGCAGCAGCAGCAGCUCCAGUCGAAAAGUGAGCAAAAAAGAGGCGAAGGAAGUGGCAAAAUCGAACGCAGAUUCUGAUCGACGGCGCAGUCGGAGCACUCGCAAGAAGCGAUCAAGCAGCGACAGCAGCAAGCCGCGGAAGAACAACAAAGAGGCGAAGGACAAAGGCAAAGAUAAGGACAAAAGCAAGGGCAAGGUCAAGGACAAGAAGGAAAGUAAAGACAAGAAGGAGAGCAAGGAUAAGAAGGAGAGUAAAGACAAGAAGGAGGACAAGAACAAGGACAAAGCCAAGGAAAAAAAGCGGCACAGCUCCAGUGUUGACCUCAAGAGAUGUGGCAAGUAG